CGAUUGAUGCGCUGCGCCGGCCCAGCUGCUUCGUGUUCUCCCACAUCAUAUCACCGCGUUUUCACGUUUCUUGCACAACAACCUGUCGUGGAGCGACUGAUCCUAAAGUGCCAACUGGACAGCCAUCUCUGGCAAGCGGAGAACGAAGAAGAAGCGAGAUGUGCGUGCCACGGGCGCUACGGUGCGCCGUGCGUAAAAGCGAAUUCGACGACGCUGCGUUUGCGGUGUGAUCGCGCCGCUCAUAUGAGACGUCGCGUGCGUUCAUCCAUUGCGAGGAAGCUACUCGUCCGCGAUUUGCGAAGUUCCGCGAUUCGCCGAAUGUUUCGUUGACCAAGUUGUGGCCGUUUGCGCUGGCCCGUUGCUUAUUGCUUGUGUUGAACCGUUGUUCUCCUUUUCGAGUGAGUGGUACCCGAAAGUCUUUCUCCAAGUAUGACGCGAAAGUCGAGAACUGUCGCCCUGUGCUGCCUGGCGAACUUCGUGAACGCGGCCGAUCGCGUUCUCAUGCCGAUUGCCAUCGUGCCCAUGAGCGAACAGUACCGCUGGAGCCUUCUCUGGCAAGGAUGGAUACUGAGUGCUUUCGCCGUAGGAUACAUCACUAGUCAGUUGGUGGGCUCUGGUGCACCGUCGCGCUAUGGCGGCCGCACCGUCAUGGCGGGAGCCGUGCUGCUCUGGUCAGCGUCGACGCUCGUGACGCCCCUGGUGGCGUCGUCGCUGCCGCUGCUGUUGCUGUGUCGUGCGCUGUUGGGAUUGGGCGAGGGCCUGGGGCUGCCCUGCAUGUUUCAUGUGGUGGGACAGGCGGCGCCAGUGCCUGAGGAACGGACUCGUGCCGUGGCCUGCGUACUGGCUGCGGGCGCUGCGGGACAGACCGCUGCCGCGCUGGUGUGUCCACACCUGGAGUGGCACCGUGCCUUCUAUGUCCUUGGUGCAUUGGGCAUUGUGUGGACAGCCGUGUGGAUGGUGCUCCAUAGGGAUGAGCCAUCGCAGCUCAAGGAGCCUGCCAAGGUGAACACAGUGUCGUCCCCGCACUGGCUGGAACUGAUUAGCCACUGGCCACUGUGGGCCAUCUACAUAGCACACUUCGCCAUGAACUGGUCCAGCUACACCAUCAUGCAGUGGCUUCCCACAUACCUGGCACGCGCCUUGUAUGCCCGGCCGGGCCACCUCAGUCUGGCAGCGUUGCCCUAUGUCUGCAAUUCCUUGUGCGGUCUGCUGACGGCCCGAGCGGCCGAACUCGCGGGCCGCCAGUGGAGCGUGCUGUCCGUACGCCGGCUGGCCACCUCCUGCCUCGGCCUGCUCGGACCCGGAAUAUGCCUACUCGCAUUCUCGGCUGCGAGCAGCCUGCCGUUGGCACUGUUUUUCGUGUCGUGUGCCAUGGGCCUUUUGGCGUGCAAUUCGGCAGGCCACCUGGCUAACCACGCCGACGUGGCACCAACUCACGCGGCCCUGACAUUCAGCGUCAGCAAUACGCUGGCAACCAUUCCCGGGAUCCUUUGCGGGCCACUGACGGCGGAGCUCGUGACUCAGUCGCACGGUCGGUGGUUCCCCGUGUUUGUACUGGCCGCCGCAGUCAACUUUGUCGGUGCCGUUGUCUACGGGAGCCAGAGCUCUGCCAGCCAAGUGUUGUGAUGGCGUGCCAACUGAAAAGCUUCGUCGACCCGUCAUUUCUCCCUAGUCUCAACAGUGUGGCAGUACGAAGGCAAACGUGUGUGUGGCCCGCUGAACUGCAAACCGGAUGACCUGUGGACAUUUGAACUGGGAACGAUGUUUGAGGCAUUUGAACAGUCUGAACUCUGCAUUACUACAAAUGGCAUACACUCUCACUGUUAACACUUGGAAACACGCGCCGUUGUACAGGCAAUACUAUGUUACCACGUUUAAGUGGCAAUUGAUAAAAAAAAAAAAGGUGCAAUGUUUGGCGCUGCCUUGAUGGUCAGCGCGUCCUGCAUAGCGCAUGCCUAUUUGGUAGCUUGAAUGCCAACGUGGUGACAGCAUUGUUUGGCGUGAACAGCGCUAUCGGCCUUUGUUGUACUUGUUACGGAAAAUGUACGACAAAAUGGGCCGGUCAUUUUCUGACCAUCUGUUUUCUGAACUUGAUGCAAGGGUGCCUUUCCACUUUUGUAAUGUGAAAACCCUUUGAUGAAUAGUAAAAGGACUGUUAGCUGAU